AGGCAUGCUUCUGUCGAAGAUGUUUCGCCAGCUUGGGGCUACCGUUGGGACAAGGCCUCUCACAUUCUUCAUCGCCAGUGUAGUUUUAUUCAUUAUUUCUGUUCUGAUACUACUAGCUUUACCGCCUGAGAUGCGAUUAAGUUUUGAUAGAGGCUACACAACAUCUGAUGCGCCGUCAAUACGAGAACUUCGAACUCAGAUAGAAUUCUUUGGCUCAAAGGGCAAACCAUGGUACAUGGCGCUAUUCGCCGAGCCGCGAGAUAUGGAAAAGGGCUCAAUGAUUGAAUCGAAAGAAUUUGACGAGUUUAAAGACUUCUAUAAGAGCGUCAAAAAAAUCGUUAUAAGGCGAGAUGGAGAUCGUAAUGUUACUUAUUUUGAUUACUGUGGCACGACAUGUAACGUGAAUGACCAAAUAUUCAAAACUCAUGCAAUGGCUUGGUUUGGUCUCCAAUGGCCCGAAACAUCGAUAUUCAUAUACAAAUCGAAUAUCGGCAAAUUCUUCUUCCAAAGAGAAAUGAAAGGUGAAGACAUCGUAUCUGCCAAGUUGGCGGCCCUCUACUUCAUUACAUUUAUAAACAGCACCGAUGCCAUUGAUGACCUGCGAGAGUACGAGUCUAUAGUGGCCGAUUAUGUGGCUAAACAUAACGCGGACGAAAGCAAAGUGACUACUAUCACUCAGCAUAGUGCCCGUGGUAUGCAGAUGGAAGUGGCUAGAGGAAUGAAAUUUGUGUUUGGAAAACUAAUUGCUGGAAUUUUCCUUGCCGGACUUAUCAUCCUUCUGUGUUUCCUCGUUCUAAAUCGGAUUCAGGAGCGGUGUAAUGGCAGAGUAGUGUUACUCUCACUUGGAGCAACUUUUCUACCAGUUAUGGCCCUUACCACUGCUGCUGCGUUGUGCUCUUUAGUAGGAGCACACUUUAACACGAUGUGUGUAGCUGCACCAGCUUUAGUAUUCGCACUUGGUAUCGAUGGUAUGUUGAUUUUGUAUCACUCCUGGAUCACACAGCACAAAACUCACAAUGUUCAGGAGCACAUGGCGCAGGUGUUCCAAUCUGCAUUUCCAUCCAUAACAAUAGUCUCUUCUGCUGCUAUUGGGCUCAUAGCUGGGAGACUGAUUCCUAUCGAGGAGUUUGCAAUGCUUUCCUUCUUCUUGGGAGUCACAACCGUCCUUGUUUAUGUAUAUUUGGUCUGUUAUUUCCCAGCUCUGAUGUUAUGGUGUGCCAACGUUCACACUCACAGUCCACUUUCACAGGAACUCCCUACAUCACCUAAGGUGAUCAAGAGACCUUGGUUCGAUGGAUUUUUGGAGCAGUAUGCCAGAGGUCUAUCCAGCUCCCUAUGGAUGAAGAUCUUUGCAGUAUCAUUGUUCUGUUUAUGUCUUGCACUUCCCACUUAUUUGGGAUCGUCAAAGGUGAAUGCAAACCUCGACUAUCGGCAGCUUCUUCCACCCGACUCUCCAAAUAACAAAGGUGUUCAUUUCAUGAGCGAUGUUGUUUGGUAUGAGUUCUUCAACAUUAUGUACUUCAUCGAAAAACCUCCAAAUUUUGAUGAUCCAAGGUCAUACCAGAGGUUCAAGAGUAUGAUAUCGGAUUUCGAGUCACUGCCGGGUAGUAUUAAAAAAUCGGGUAUGAUGUGGAUCAACGACUAUGAACGCCAUACUGAUAUGAUCGGAAAUGAAACAGCACUCAACACAAGUCACUUCAAGGACUUUAUUACUCAUGAUAUCUACAAAGCAUGGAACUCUGGAGUCAAAUACCGCUUUGAAGGCAACACUACUGUCAUCACUGAGAUGAUGUACAUUGGCGCUUACGAAGGGCUUAAAACACUUUGGGACAAAGCUAGAUUAUUGUCUCAAUGUCGACAGGUUGUGUCCAAAUAUCCUGAAUUCGACGUGGUGCCGUUCGACACCGAAGUUGGGAUGGUCGAUGUGCUCCUGCAGAUUCCUUAUGUUACCUACUUUGUCCCGUUCCUAGUGCUCGCGGGAUCAACAGUUGUGACAAUGCUUCUCAUUAAAAAUCUCGCCGUAUCUAUACUUGUUCUCAUCUCUUACGCACUUAUUUACACGGAAUCCUAUUGUAUCUCGUCUCUGUUUGGGCUGGCACUGAAUCCAUUUUCUGCUUCUUUUCUCAUAUUUGUUGCUGGAGUGUCUCUAAAAUACUCUGCUCACAUGUGCUAUCAAUACCAACAGGGAUCGCAGUCGGAAACAUUGGCUGACGAUGUGCAAAGAUUGGUCUGGACAUUCAGACAAACGUUCCUUUCAGUGCUUAUGAGCAGCAUCGCUGGAUCAAUGGUGUUUCUGCCGAUGCUUCUCACAAAUGUACUGGUCUUCCGAUGGCUAGCUGUAAUCAACGUUAUAACCCUUCUCAUUGGUGCUGUUCAUGCUGUUCUGCUCACUCCACUGAUUCUCGUCUGGUUACCUUCCUCAGCUACAAGCUCGGCAUUCUUCUGCAAAUCUAACAGAAAGAGCGAUAAUGUUGAUAUGAAGAAUAUUAGCAGCUAGGAGCCACAAAACUUUUGCCAAACCUCAGAAAAUCAGGGUACUUUUUUAUCUUUCCAUGUCACGCCUUGCAAUGUUUAGCUGCCUCAUAUUCCUAAAGACGUGUAUGUCAUAUCCAUGCUUCAUGAAGUUCAGCUGAAUUUAUGAACUUUAUUAGAGAUAAAAGAUUUAAGGAGUUUUCAGCUACACACAUACCGUGGGCAUUUUUGUAUGGCACAUACUGCGC